CAUAUUCCUAUGGAUUUAUGGUAAGUUCAUCAUGUUCUAGAUUCUCUCUUUUAAUCUCUUGAUGCAUUAGGUAUCAGACGAAUGUACGCUUACCAUAUAUUGAAGCAAAGAUAGCAGCCUCGGAAUUAUUAAUAGCCGUGUUAGAAAAGAUGAAUGCUCGAAAGAAUAUUGAACUCAACAUAUCAGCCGUGAUCAAUGAACUCAAGAUACUGAGACAAACCUUGAAUCAAAUCAAUGAUACUUUGAUGCGAAAAUUAGGACGUCCAGCGCCUACUGUGCCCUUGAAUAACAAACAGGAACAAGGAAAUAUACAUAGAUAUUCUAUUAGAACGUCACAAACAAUAGCCACUUGGAGUUCAAGGUUAUCAAAAUCAGUGGAGAAAAUGAGAUUUGAUACAACACGGAACACAGUACCGAAUGAUGGGCAAAAUGAACUGUACAUCAAGACACUUAUGAAAUUAUUUACAGAUGCCAAAGUAUUGGAGAGAUGGGAUGACGCAUUAACCUCUAUCAUGCACAAGGCAGGGAAGCGUGAGGGUUUAGUCAAGGAAGCAUAUCAGAUCAAUAUGGCCUGUAUAUCGCAGUUUAUGACUAUCGUAUGUGGAUUUGUACUAAAGGACUAUGAGAUUCUGCUGAACAAGUGGUUCAAGCGAAGUACAUACUGGCUGACUGAAUAAUAGCGAUGUCUUUAUAAUGUUUAAUGUUUAUGAAAAUUUUACACCUUUAAUUUAUGUAUUAACAAAUAUAUUGCCUUGACAACUGCCUCCUGGCAACGAUAUUAUCAUUUAACCAUAACCAACGCCUUUUACUUUCAUGCCAUCAUCGACAUACGCAUUAAGUCUGUCUUUGUUAAAAUACCUCCCACAUAACAAUGCGACGACCAUGCCUCGGACUUGGAGCGUUUAUAAUAUCAUGA